AUGCCGGAUCAAACCCGACCAUCAUCACCUGAUUCGUACAACGGCUUCUUCCACCACCAGUCCUGGUCUGAACCAUGGAGUUCAUCCGACUUUUCGCCAGCCCAAGGAAUAGUGAAAUUCUAUGAUCGUUUUAAAAGUCAGCCAUGGUGGAACAAGACUCUCUCGGGGGCAUUUCUCGAGAAAUCCACGAACUGGAGUCGAGGUUGGCCGUGGGGGUAUUUCAUCUACCGGACAGCAUACGGUUCCGAUGAGGACUGGAACCAGGCCCUUGCCAAACUCAAUCGCUAUAUUUACUGCACUAUAAGAUAUAAUAAUGAACCUGAACCAGCUAAGAUUGUCUGGGAGGGCUAUAAAAACGGGGCUUCACCUGCCAAAGUCCGGCAACUGUUUCAAGACUGGAUGAAACGACAUCCAAAGCACAAUCAUUGUGGCACACCACGGAUAGCCUUUUGCUUAAUAAUUGAUGAUCAUGCUCUUCAGUCUAUUCUGGCAAGUCCGGAGCCUUCCCUUGAAACUGAAAAUUGGUUUACUGAAAAGAUCGGAUAUGUGAUCUUAAUUGAUCGCUCUUUUCCUGAUAAGGGGCUCAGGCACGAGCCUUAUAAUGUGGGUUGGGUCCGUUUAACAAUUGAUGGGAUUUGGUCAUUUUCAUAUUCAUUUGAUACAGUGGAAUUUGAGAGCCGAUAUCCAGCUAUUGGAAGGCCUGGCUUAAUUCCAUAUUUUGAUGGUGACUGGAAUUGGGUGGAGGAUGUGAAUGGGCAGAAGGUGACAGAUAUUGAUUCUUCAGGUGAUGAGGAAGAGGAUGAAGAUGAGGACGAUGAUGACGAGGAAAGCGGUUAUGGUAACCAUGAUAUAUAUGAAUAUCUAAGGGAGGGUGGGCAUAUUUGA